CAAAAUUACAUUUUCUAAUCUAUUGCAUAUGACAUUGUUAAUUUAUUGAGUAUAUAAUAAGCAUCAUAUAUUGUGUUUUACUUGUGUUAACUCAUUCCAUCUUCAUGACAACAUAAAAUGCAGAUUAUUGUCUCCUCACAGAGGAGGAAACUAAACCUCAGAGAAGAUAUCCAGGUAGUAACCUGAGUUACAGACAAAAUGAGGAGAAAAAGUUGCAUUAACCUCCGAACAUAGAGGAUUAGGGCUCCAGUUAGAGGUAUAAGCAACAAACUGUUGUUGGUCAAGAGAUAGAAAGAUUAAUUUUCAUUUUAGUUAUCCUUGCUGGUUGGACCUUGAAGUGUGUGGAAAGAGUGAUAUUUGGGCAUCUGAGUGGAGAGCCUUAAAUACCAGGCUGUUUGGAUUUUAUUCUCCAGGUAAUGCCGAGCCACUGAAAGUUUUUGAGGGGGGAGUAACAGAAUUAGCCAAUUAUAGCAAGACUUAGAAUUUCAAGUUCAAAAGAGUUUCUUUCUUUCUUUCUUUCGUUUUUAAAGAGUUCUCAAGUAAUUCAAUCCAACUCUCUCAAUUCACAAAUGGGGAAAACAAAGCCCCUAAAUUUGAAGCUCUGCAGCUGGGGCUUUCAUUACUGGCAAUAGGUUUUUCAUCUGGAUAACUGACAUGGGUGAUUAGCUUGCCUCCAUUUGGUCACAGGCUGAGCUCAGAUCUUGCGCAGAUCUCUCGCCUGCGUCCCAAAUUAACAAGAGUCCUGAUGAGGCCUAAGAGCUGGCUGAAGAAGGGACUAUUCUGAGCCUUGGGAGAUCAAGUAAGGGUGAUGGCAGAGUUCAGAGAUAACAGAGUGUAUCUAACCUCUAGGGUAGGGUCAUUCCUUGGCUGAAUGCUUCUCUCUUGGGUUUUGCAGAAGCCUAACCUAGCCCAUAGUCACUGAUGACAGCUUUACUGCAGUGCUGUGUUAAACCUGGCAUUAUCAAGGUGGGCAAUAUAAGUCUCCAAAGAAGGGAAGAAGUUGGGAAUAAAUGGCUGAAUAAUUGCUGAUGUUGUGAGUGUGUUAGACUUAGUCAUGCAGAUGUCCCUCUGGAGUUGAUAAAUGACACAGAUUCACCUGCAGUUUUGACCCAUCAAAAGAUAAGGUAGCUCUGUCUGAUGUCAAAAACCAUUCCUGAGCCUUUGGUGUCUUUCUUAGCAAAUGGGCACCCUACCUCCCAGCUGUGCAAGGCAGAAACCUAAAUACCACUUUUGGCUGCUCUCUCCAUUGCCCCUGAUGCCCAAUCAGUACCAAGCCCUUCUAUUGUUUGAAUACCCAUUUGUCCCAUCCUCUCUACCAUGACCUUAAUUUAGGCCACCAUCAUAUCUCAUCUAAAUUAUUGCAAAAGCCUUUCUCUGUUUUCCCUGCCUCAAACCUUGUACCCCUUAAUCCAUUAUCUGCAGCCAGAGAGAUAAAGAAAGCAUCAAUUCUUUGAAAUAAUAUGUCUGUUUUUCAGAGUCAGAGAUGUGUCCAAUGACAGCAUAGAUUAUUUUGUUCUGUUUCUAGCUUCCCUACAGAAGAACAGUGAUGUCACAAAUAUUAGGGGUGAAAUGACAUUGAUCCACAGGCUCAAGUGAUUUUUUUCAACCAGAUAUCACAAAGAUUCAACAAAAUCAACUAAAAAAUUAUUUGUCCAAUUUGCUAAAAAGUGACACAAUAAUUCUUUAAGAUCUCAAACUCUAGAAUUUUCAGUUUAGGUAAAAGCUUUGCAAGAGCUAGUGCUUUCAGAAGGUUUACUGUAAGAGAAAUUUCAUUAUUUAGCUAUUUGAGAUUAUGAAUUCAGUUUUCUAUUAUCAAAACGUGUGUUGAUAAAGGCAUACCUAAGUCAUAGUGUGAAGGAUAACAAGGAAGAUUCUAGUCAGAGAAAUUCUCCUGAAUUCUAAACGAAAGUUAUCUUUCUACUUUGUCCGGAUGGUAAGGGAAGAAGGCAAUCAAUAAUUAUUGACUGUUUAUUUUGCCAAGCAAGAUGCACAUUAUCUCAUUAGCUCUAGGAAGUAGUUACUAUCAGCACAAUUUUACAGUGAAGGAUGCUUGGGAAUGUUAAAUAUCUUGAUAAAGAUUCUAGAGCUGAUAAGUGGGAAACCAGGAUUCAAGCCUAAAACAUGAGAACCUGCAUUCUUUUUCUAAAAAAUUUAAUUUUAUUUAUUUAUUUUUUAUACAGCAUGUUCUUAUUAGUUAUCUAUUUUAUGCAUAUAGGUGUAUAUAUGUCAAUCCCAAUCUCCCAAAGAGAACCUGCAUUCUUAAGUGUGCAUUCUCAAUGCUUUGAAAUAGAUGGUGCUUUCAAUACUUACAAAUCCUUUAUGAGAUAGGUUUUCCCAUUCUAUAGAUAUGAUUAUCGAAGCUUAAAAUGUUUAAAACUUGUCCUGUGUCACUCAGUAAGGGGUAGGGCUGACACUGAAUCUCAUACUUGUCUACUUUCAAAGUCCAUGUGUUUUCCACAAUGUCUUCCAAGACAGCAUCCUGUUAAUUGUCUCACGUAUGCGGCUAAUAGUAAGUGAUGAUGUUCAGAAGGGACUGAAUAACUAGCAAUAAUCGUAAAAGCUCAUUUUUAAAACUUCAUGGUGUCACCUAUGUGCUUAGCAAAUAUUGUUAAAAUGACGUAUUGACCAAUAAAAUGUCAGGAAAUUUCGUAUAAAUUGGCCAAGAGUAUGAGGGCAACUUCAAAACUUGAUUUGACAAUAUUCACUAUAUCAGACUCUCAUUAAAUUCCCAGCAAAAUGAGGGGUUUCAUUUUUACUUUGUUUCUCUUCUCUCUCCUGCUUGCCAUCUCAGAAGUGAAGAGUGAAGAAUCCAGGAAGCUCUGAGGGCUCGAGUACAUACGAACUGUCAUUUACAUCUGUGUCAGCUCCUGGUGGAGAAAGCACCUGGAGUCGAUCCCACAAGGUCAGCAAGCUGAGAGAGGAGACCGCUUCCAGCUGCCUAAUGAACAGGAGAUUUCCAAGGAAAGCCCAGUGCAAAACCUUCCAAAGACGGAUUCCUCGGGGGAGGAAAGUCUUCAGGGUGAACAGCUGCCCACGGAAGGGCUUCGGAGGUCAAAGAAGUAUUCGGUGAUGUCAAGACAAGACUUGCAAAAGUUGUGCUGCACCGAAGUCUGUUCCAUGUCUGACUUGAGCGCUCUUUGUUAGGACAAACAAAUCCCCAAGGGUGGCAGAGUUUUAGCACACGUUUAAUCACAGUGUUUUACUUCCCAGAACAAUACUCAUAUUGUGUCAUUAAACUAAUGUCUUUUGGGUAGGCAAUCCUUCUUUCCUAAAUGUUGUAGAUGGUUGGCUAAAAUCACAACGAGGUCUAGUUUCUCCCAUUGCCAAGGUGAAUGCACUGUUCUUUCCAAAUUUUAACUAAUCCUUUGAAAUUUUAAAUGCUGUGCAAAAUUACAAUAAAAAUUCCAUAAAGCAAGCUUACUGUGAUUUUUCUGUUUUUAAAACAAUUUUAAAGAACUUUAAAACAGUAAACCAAAAAUGUUGAUAGUAAAAAAAACCUUAAAAAAUAAAAAACUACUAUUACCUCAUCAUCUAGAAAUAAUCCACUCUUAACUUUUGUGUUGCUGUAUAUUAUUACUGAAAAUUUAAACAUCGAUUCACAG